GAACAGCAGGCACCGAGUCGUCUGGCAAGACAGUGGGCUCCGAGUCAACAGGCAACGACAGUGGGCACGGGUCAUCAGGUAUCGGAUUGUCUGGCUCGACAGCGGGCAUCGGGUCACAGGUAUGACAGCGGGCACUGGGUCACCAGGCAUCAGGUCAUUUGGGUCUUGCCAGCGGGCACCGCGUCAUCUGGCAAGGCAGUGGGCACCGGGUCACCAGGUACCGGAUCAUCUGGAUCAACAGCGGGCAUCGAGUCAACUGGCCUAAUAGGAUCGUCGGGCUGGAUCAGUUCAUCAUGCUGAGUAGCGGCAUCAGGCUGAAUGCAGGUAU